AAAAGAACCGAAAGCUCUGGAAGAACUGAAACCGAGUAAGCGUAAUACCUCAAUUUCAUUCUAAAACGGAUUCUUGUGUUGAAGAGUCGUACUCUAAACUUCCUUAAUCAACAUAGUAGCUUUUAUACCUGCGUAUCGCUCGAAGAGAACAAAAAUUAAAGGAACAUGGGGCUUCUAGCUGCAUUAGUGGUAAACGCGGUCGGCGGUGCUGUAAUAUAUGGCACUGGGGGUCUGUUGACUCCAUUAGUGGCUCCCAUGCUCGGUUUCAGCUCAGCGGGAAUAGCGGCAGGAAGCACAGCCGCUGCUGCACAAGCAUACUACGGAAAUUUAGUGGCCGGCAGCAUUGUGUCACAGUUGACUGCUGCUGCCAUGGUAGCCCCCACGCCAUGAGGUGAUGCUAAACAUCACCCGUUCUCGACAUCGCUCCAGGAUCGGACCUUUUCUGUUUUAUUUGGAAUUAAAAUGCAUUUAAAUUUUUAAUAAAUUUGUCGAUGCGAUGUA